UACUCAAGGAAUACAAUACAAAAAAGCAUAUACGCGAGAUGCUUCUUAAGAAUCUCAAUAGUUGGCGUUAUCAGUAACAAAGUAGAGAGCUUUGAGAAGAUAUAAACAUUUUUCAACUAUGAAUAAAAAAUCCAUGACGUUUAUACAUCAAAUAGUGAAUAUCCUAUAUUCAAUGUCAGCCCGGAACUUUGCGAAGAUCCUCUACAACCUUUCCAAUAAUUAUACAUUACCGAUGGGUUGUACAUAUUAAAAAAUUAUUGCUCAAUCGAUUUCUAAGGUACUAGUUUAUCUUUGUAUCUCGCUGAAAGACAAUAUCCUGAAAUCAUAUACAGAAUUCUACAGCUAAUAAAUAUUCCCAGCUGUUCCUACGAUGCAAUAAAUUUGCACGUUCUUAUAGCGGGUACAAUAUACGCUGACCAGAUAGUAACGAAUAACGAAAUCGAGGCUUGAUCUAAAUAGAACCGAUCAGUAAAUAGAUUCAGCUUACGGACCACCUCUAGCAUGGUGGGUGGGUAUUUGUGCGCACCGAUUGAUUGCCUUUGGCAAAGCUUAUCGUGACACCAUUUCUUGCAGAGCUGCGCCGCUUCGGUCCCGUCCGAAACGAAGGGGACCCCAAUCAGUUGCAUUAUUCUGUACCAUUUGGUGAGCUGAGACUGCCAAAUGCUGUGAGCACUGUCAACUGUUAGCCGUAUUACUUUGCGCCAAUAGAACGAGCUCGCUGAUGUAGAAUAAAAUGGCCAUUGACAUAAAGUUCACAAAAUUCGACAACACGCCAUGGGGCUUUCGACUGGCGGGUGGAAGUGACUUUCCUCAGCCACUAACAGUCAUUAGAAUCACCGAAGGAAGUCUGGCGGAAUGUAUGGGAUUACAAGUUGGCGACGUUGUUGUGAGAUUGAAUGAUCAACCAGUGAGCAGCUUGACUCACGGAAAGGCACACGAGCAAAUUCUUUUGGCAGGAAAUAAUUUCGUACUUGGUGUUCUCAGAGGCGAAGAGUCACGCAAGGCAAUUGAGGCGAUUCCACAAGAGAACAUCGUUCCAUAUACGAUUCCUCUAGAAGAGCUGCCACCUGUAUAUCCGGAGGAAGUGCGACAAGACACACCGGAAGUAGAAGAAGAAGUAACGUCGACUGUCGAAUAUUCGUCAGAGACACUGGAAUAUCAUCGCGUGGAGACUAUAGAAAAGCCGAUAUAUCCAGACAGUGAGGAAGUGCCGAAUAAAAAUUUGACAGACGAUGAAAUUGCUCUGUUAAUUCUCGAGGAGGAGGAACUUUUACCGGAUCAAGGAGUUCUUGGUGUGAACUUCAAGAAGCUCAGACCGAGGGCACAGCUUCUUAAGGAAUCCAAAGUCUUCGAGGAACUUCAGAAUAUCGCCACAGCCGAACCUCCUCAGGUCCAGGAGUUGAAACGCACCACGACCUUCUUGCAGAAACCACAGCGUCCUGUGCCGAAGGCCAAAGAGGAAAAAGAAACGGAAGUAGUUGAGCCUUAUAAGGUCGUGAUCAAGAAGCAGCAGAAAAAGAGUAUUACCGAACGUCUCCUGGAGAAGGGACUCCUAGAGCCAGGAAGCAUUAAGACUCCAGAAUCAAGAUCCGAGGUAAAGGUGUAUGUACCGGGAUGCAACAUCAGACAGUCGAAUAUUCAGGCUGAUGUUUCAGAAGAAUUAAAUAUUACUGAUAUCGACUCCUGGUGCUCCUUUGUAAAUUCAUCCCCGGCGAUGUUUUCCAAGACUCUCGGCCACUCCUGGAAUUCCUUUGCCAUGGGUUCGAUUCCCACAGGCUCGAAAUUUUGUACCGCCGGAAACACUCGUAGACUGUACAUGAGGAAUCGUUACUUUAAUAAUGUUUUAUCUUCCUUGACAAAACCAAUCACCGCGAAGAAAUCGAAAGAUUCUAAAUUAUAUUUCAAGGGUCGUUAUCUUGAGAAUUAUCUUACCAAGGAUAACGAUUCCUGGUUAAGUUUUUUCAAGAAUUCUGCCACGAAGCUGUACGAUGAUUUUAAUUCAUGUUCAAAACCGUCAUCGACGCCCGUUCCGAGGUCAAUGAAAUUACAAAGAAAGGGUCGAUAUUUGGAGAAGUAUUUGAAAAAGGAUAACUGGAUAACCGAUACUCGCUGUCGUAUUGUCAAAGGAAUAAAAUCUGGUGUUCAGAGAUUUUGUGGUUUGCUCAUAGGAAAGCACGAAGCUCAGCGUAAAAUAUAUUGUAAGCCUCAUUAUUUGGAGAAAGUUUUAACCGAAAAUAGUAAUACCUUUGACGACUUUGGACACUACAUUCGUAACAACGUGUUCCGUAGAUGCAAACGUCGUAGAACAGCUGUCGUGGGUGUUCCUGGUAAAAAGCACGGAUUGAAAAAUAAAUAUUCAAGAAAAGGUCGAUACAUGGAAAGAAGCUUAGAAAAAGCUCAAAUAUUAGAUUCAAUAAAAAGAUCUGUCACCCGUGAAGUUUUUCACCGAGGAAAUAAAAGAUUAUCCAUUUCGAGGUUAUGUGCAAGUUUGGAAAAUAAGAAUCAGAGAGUCGAAUUGUAUAUGCGAGAAGGAAAACUAACUUCAGAUUCAAUUUCUUUGAGAAUCUUCGACACUUACGUCAGAGUGAAACCAGAACUAAAGAGAACGAUAACAGAAAAUUUACGAAAUACCAAUAAUUGGUUGCGAACGGUCAAAACGAAAAUCGAUGACUCGGUAAACCUUCGAAAUUCCCCGAUCGGUGAGGUUAUGACGAAUUUUUUGAAUUUUACCAAAAAUCUCUUGAGAACCGAAAUCUUUCAUCGUGGCAGUAAGAGAUUCGCCAAGAAAGUACAAAACGAAAAUACCAUACUGUUAACAGCCAAUUUAUCCACAUGGGACAAUUGUUUCAAAAUCCUGAAAUUCGAUUCGCGCUCGAUAUCCUUCAAGAUAUCGAAGAAUAAAUUAGAACCAGGAAUUUUCGAAAACGAUAAUAAAAAUUCAAAAGAUAAAUUAAAUGACGCACCAGCUGAUACUGAAAAUCGUAGAAUGUCAUUCGUACCCACAAUUCUCUAUGAAGGUCUGACAAAUAAAAUUGGUAUAGACUUCACGAAAAUAUUUGUAUACGCAUUCGUACCCUGCGCAUCGAUCAUACUGGUGUACAUGUACAAGUAGAGAAUCAAUAAUAGCCAUUCAAUUAAUACUCAUGAUUCUGUUUAGAUUAAAAUAGGCGUCAUUCAUCCUAGGAUCACUAUAACAGAUGCUAGAUCUUGGAUCAUCUGUAAAUGAUUAUGAUAUUACUAGCUCGAUUAUUUACCAUAUAAAAGCAUGCUAAUAUUGCAUCUCAGACAAGUGACAAAUUGUGUCAGCAUGUGUCACAUAACGGCAUAACAAAGUAAUAGUAUAGUAAACUAUAGUAUACGUUAAUAUUAAUAAAAAAAAAAAAAAAAAGAUCGAGAAAAGACAGGAGGAAGA